AUGUUAAGAGUGCCUGAAACUGAGAAGCUGUGGCUUCGCUCAAGUUUCUUGAGCCCAAGGGUAUCUCUACUGGCUAACUCCAUUGAUGCAUCAUGGCUGGUGUCUAUGUCUGGAAAUUGUCAGGGAACAGUUUUGACUCGAUGGUGGGUUCUUUCUACAGCGAACUGCCUGCAGAAGACGAAACUGUCAAACCUGAGCAUUUCAGGAAUAAUCGAUCCACAGAACAUCUUACAUGGCCAAAAGAUCUGCCUACAUCCCAGGUUUGACUCCACAAAUGGAAAACAUCCAGCCAAAGCAGAUCUAGGCCUCGUUCUUCUUGCAGUGCCUAUCCAUUGGGAUGAAGUAUCACUAUCUUAUGCUCCUGGCAUUUCCUUGAAGAGCUGUUCUAAGUGCCUAUAUAGAAGCUGCCAGGUGUAUCAGUACUGGAGUAACAAGCAGUCGGGAAUCACAAGAGUGAAGAAAGUAUCAGUCCGACUAGUGGGUCUCUCGCUGUGCUAUCCACAUUCUGACCUGACAGAGAUGGAGGGCUUGUGUGUUCAGAGCCAGCAAUGGAGGAACUGUUGGGUACAACAAGGCAGUCCUGUCUUGUGUCUCCUAAAGAGCCAUUGGGAAUUGGUUGGCCUGAUACAUAAAUCCUCAUGGAUUUGUCAUAACCCUACAGUUGUCAUCAGAACAUCCCCUUACAUUACCUGGAUGAAACAGUACAUCAAGAGGGUGAUACAGUUGAAUCUUGGGAUCAAAUCAUGGCUGAUAUUGUGA